AUUAAUUUUUUUUUUUUGCUGCUAUAGCUCUAUAAUGCUGCAUUGCUGCUAUAGCUGCUAUUUGAUAAAACCAGAUAAACUUAGGUUUGAGAAUGAAAAUCAGUUAUCAGGCAAGAAAAGUAAUCGGGAUAUGCGACGAGCUCCAAGCUUUAGUGGUCCAUUGAUGCUUCCAAAUCGAGCUUCAGCAAACAGUUUGUCGGCCCCAAUAAAAUCCUCUAGAGGAUUCAGAGAUUCCUCAGAUGAUAAAUCUAAGGCUAAUCUAGUGCAAAUUAAAGGGCGGUUCUCAUUGACAUCAGAAAAUUUAGAUCUGGUGAAGAAUAUUCCUGUAAGUUCUGUUUCACGCCGAUCUCCACAGGCUCCACAGGAUUCUUCACCAUUGAGGAAAUCUGCCAGUGUUGGUGAUUGGAUGUUGGAUUUCAAACAACAAAUGGUUUGUAACUUACCAUUUGUUAGCGAACCAUGGGCAGAUGGCAAUGAGUUUAUCUAUGCAAGAUUCAAUAGCAGGAUAUCUAAUUUAAAAGAACUCGAGGCUAGGCAUACGAGUCCUCUUGCCCAAUACAAUCAUACACUUGCAACAAUAUUAGUGGAAUAUGCUUCUGCGUCUAAAUACCAUUGCAACUCUCUAUACAAUACCAUUUGGAAUUGGUGCUGCAGCAAGCACAAGAGUUUCAAAUGAAUUAGGAGCUGGGAAUCCAUUUGAAGCACGCGUCGCUGUAUUGACUGCUAUGUCACUUUCACUCAUUGAAACAAGUAUUCUGAGUUCAACCCUAAUUGCAUGCAGGGGAGCGGAUGUGGCAAUCACCAACCCUGUCAAACUUGAGAAAUAUCUUGGUUAGUUUGCGAUGACCGAACCUUCAGAGGUCGUUUACGUUUGAAACGUAGGGUACGAAAUAUCUGAGAAACUGCAUACACAAAAGUGCAGCAAACACAUCAUGAGGAUUUCAAUUUGCCUGAAGAAUCCUGCCAUGGUUUUCUUCCUGAACUGCUGCAUAUUUAGAAUGAUCAAAUGAAUCAUUGGCUUAUGUAGAGACAAAAAUACUGUAUAGGAAAAAAAAAAUCAGAGGUAGCAGAAGCAUACAAGAAAUAUGUAGCAGAUAUAAGUGAUUUGGGACUCAUCAUCAAAUCUAAAAGUAAGAAGACGUUGUUGCAUAAUGAAUCUCGGUUAGAUCUCUUAUUAGUAUUGUUAUUUUAUUAUACGCUGCAAUUGUUAUAUUAUUAGGCAGUUAAGGAAGUUGUGUUAUUUAGAUGGUUACUGAAUAAAUCGGAAAGGAGAGACCCAAUACUCUAAAAUGCACUUUCGUUUUUAUAGUGAAUGAGCAAACUAGCAUCACAUCAAGAUCUCAAGUCCAAAUAUAUUGAAGGGGCUAAGUUUCAAAAAGAGCUAUACAAUAAGGUAUUGGAGUUGAGAGGAAACAUAAUGGUCUUAGAUUUUGAUUGGAUCUCCAAAGAAGACUUUUAAGUUUGAUGUUGUGUUUGGCCCUCAAGUUGAACAAGAUAUCUUUGAGGACACUGUACCAUUUGCAACAUGUAUGCAUUUUAAAACUCUCAUUUUUGUUUUCAAUUUCACUUAAGUUUUGUUAUGUGGCUACAAAAUUCGAUUUUGAGUGAAUUUAAUUUGUAAAGUUGUUCUUACUUGAAAGUUGAAAGUAGACCAAAUUCCAAGUGUUGCAGCAUAAGCUGACAGGCGGCUAAGCAUGCACAUGCAUCAGUUGUGCAGUCACCACUAGAUGACGAUGCUUUAACACGAUGGAAGCGGGAUGUAGGCCAUGAUGAUGCAGGGCAGCAGGAUGCAGGCCAUCAAAAAGACUCACCUAAUGUUGCUGACUCCAAGUAUUCACAUGGUGUGAUCAACUUGAAGCAGUUGAAAGAAGUUUUGGUGCUUGCUAUGAAGCCUUAAGCAAUUUUCAAGUUGGAGAUAUGCAUUAGUUUUAUUGGAAUUUUGUCACUUUUGCCAAAGCACAGAUUGUGGUGGCUUUGCUGGUGUUGAGAAAAUGUGAGGAAUGGGAGAUGCUAUAGUUUUUUUUUUUUUUUUGCAUCAUGCUGGUGUAUUGACCAGUUUCUUGAUUUGGUUUUUAAGUUUAUUUACUCUUUCGGAUGUAUCGAUUAUACAAUGUACUUCUCUAUCCUAUUAUCAAUGAUUAUAUGAAUGAUUUUUAAUGUCAUCA